UCUGAAACUUUCACAUUAGGCCUGCACUAUCACAAUCUACUCAUUUACUGCAUGGGAAUAAUCCACAUUUGUAGAUUCUUGUUUUUUUAUAGGUGAAGAUUUAAACAACACAUUACAUACAUAUUCUUCUACGUGCUAGUGGUUCCCCAAAGACCAAAGUACAAUAACAGUGUAUUUGUGGCAUGUCAGCAGCUAACAGAUUCCCAGGCGGGCUGACUUGAACAAACACUGACUGUGAAACAGCUGCUUGCCUAAAAGGAGAAUAAUAACUGUCAUCUGUACAUCUGUGCUGUUAACAUAUAUCAGAAACAGUGCGCUCCAGUCCUUAUCCCAAAAUUAAAUUUCCUCCCUUGUAAUCUGUCUAAAUCUGGGGGCAUGAGAGAAAACUGCUUGAUCUUGAGUCAAAAUGAGGCAGAGACCUGAUUGGCUGGGGAGGAGGUUUGGGAGCUUAGCCAAUUAGACUGAUUAGCAGGAGGUUACUACACUGAUUGAAUGUGCAUGGAUCCUCAGUUGAUUCACCAAGCGGUAGAGGAUCACUUAGUUUUGAACUGUUUUAUUUGUCACAGUCAUCACUUGACACAAAGCUAUGGUUUUGUUUGAUGGAAAGAGAUGCUACUCAGGUAGUGAGGCAGACUUCAGCUCCUCCAGCAGCACAGGCAGUCUAAAGACCAGGGAGAGUCUCAUUUCUAACUCCGCUGGAAAGAAAGCUCCCUCACGAAGUCGUGGCACAUAUAUCAGACCACUCCCAGUGUUUAAGCCAGCGGGGAGCCCGACAGCCAACCGCGAUGCAGAGCUCUAUGCCCCCUACAGGACUCCUCCCAGAGCUGCCUCCUCAACCAACAGCAGCAGCUGCAACUCCAGCCCCACCUCCAGAAGAGCGAACCUGGGCCGCUACCACUCAUGUGGAGAUAACCACGGCAUUAGACCCCCAAACCCUGAACAGUACCUCACCCCUCUGCAGCAGAAGGAAGUGGCCAUCAGACACCUGAAGACCAAACUGAUGGAGUCUGAGAACAGAGUCCAUGACAGAGAGACAGAGAUUGAAGAGCUUAAGGCCCAGCUCAGCAGAAUGAGGGAAGACUGGAUUGAAGAGGAGUGUCAUCGGGUUGAGGCUCAGCUGUCCCUCAAAGAGGCCCGCAAAGAGAUCAAACAGCUUCGUCAGGUGGUGGAGACCAUGAAGAGCAGCCUGAUGGAGAAGGAUAAAGGAAUACAGAAGUACUUCAUUGAUAUCAACAUUCAAAACAGGAAGUUGGAGUCCCUGCUGCAAAGCAUGGAGCUUGCACAGAGUGGUGCCAACCUCCAAGAAGAAAACACCCUGGACUUCAUCUGUGACAGUCCUGAUAGUGGUGGGAAGAAGAUGGUAGGGGAGGAGGAGGGUGGGAUGGAGCUAGGUGAUCAAGGAGCAGAGGCGAUGGCAGACAGUGGGCUGCUAGUAAAUGACGAGAUGGCUAACAGAGCGGACAUUUUGGAGCAGGUCUUCAUGUCCACUGCGGUAGACUUCAGUCAGGACUCUAGUGGCAAGCUGAAGGCUGGGGCAGAGUCUGGGCCUGGGGUGUCUACAUUGUCAGAGGAGGAAGAGUUGAUUGAUAAAUCUACUGCAACCACACCAGCUCUACCAAAUACAGUUCCCACCACCGUCGCCAUCUCCACAAGUACAUUCUCCCAGCAGACCACAGAAGAUAAAGGAAUCCAGACCGACACAAUGCCCAUGUCUCCAGACCUUCAGGCUCUGCUCCUCCAACUGCUGAAGUUCCACGGGGCUACAGUGGGGGAUGCAACUCUAUCAGCCUCCAGCAGUCUUCUGGGUUUCCCAAACCUGCCCACUUCCACCACUGUCAAUCUCCAUGACACAACACCUCCUCCACCCAGCAUGCCCAGCCGUGAUCACCCAGAGAGCCCCGACACUUCCACAGAUUCUGGCAUGUGGUGCUCAGAGCCUGCACAGAGCCGACGGUUCAUGGAGGAGCUGGACUUUGGUGUCGGUGGCGAGGAACCUUGUUUGUCACCAGGACUGGAUGCGGUUGGAAAACGGUACUGGAGCAACAGCUUCCUGGUGGAUCUGGUCGCAGUAGCAGCCCCCGUGUUACCAACGGUGGCCUGGCUGUACUCACGACACGGUGUGGAUGGAAGCUCUCCAGUGUACAACAUAGCUGCUCUUAUCAGGGGCUGCUGCAUCAUGGGAUUGCACUCUCUCCGUCACGUCACUCACAGGCCAGAUGCAUAAUGGCUUCCAACCUGCAUGCACAUGCCUAACCUUGAACUAAAAGCACUUAAGCAUCUUUUUGAGAGUAUUUGUGAGAUUUGUUUUUGUUUUGACACCUGCUGAUAUCAAUGCAGUUAUUUUGGUUCCAACACUGUUACUUUGCACUGUACAGUUACCAUGAGUUGAAGCAAAAUGGUGACAUGAGAGGUAUUAUUCAUAACAGGGUGUUAUAUAUUUAUUUAUUUAUUUAUCAUUUACAUGUAUAAAAUGAUCAUCUGAGUAGAUGGUUAUGUGUUAUCAUUGUCCCGUGGUGUCCCUAGUUGUCCUGAUGUUUAAAAAAAGUUCUUUAUGUUUAGGAUGAGAUUUUUAGAAGGUGAAAGAUUGAAUGUUAAUUUCUGUUUGACGGGUUCUGAAAUUUCAAUUGUUUGAGUUAUUGUUCAAAAAGAAACCUUAAACCUUUAGCCAAAGCUUUAAUGUGAAUUCACCGUAUUGUUUUGUUUUUUUUUUCCUCCCUGGAAGUAGAGCUUUAUUCAGUACAGCCUGUAUAUUGUUCAUAGAAAUAAGUUGACGCUUCAAAGCAACUGACACUUGUUAUGUGCCUGAGCUAUGUGCAAUACUGGUGGUUUACAUCAAAUGUCCUUGUAUCUUUAUUAUUAAAGCAUGAUAAUUCUGGCCACACA